UAAUAUAUAUAUAUAUAUGUAUAUAUAAAAUGUGGGGGGGGUGCGUGUGUGUGUGUGUCCUCAUGUGUAACAGUGUGGCGGGGAGUGGAGUACAUGUGUGUCUUCAUGUGUGACACCUCAGGCACUGUCAGUCAUUUUGUCUUUUAGUUUAAUUUCUUUUAUUCUUGUUAGGUAAUCACUCACUGCUCUGCCCUCCCCUCCCGCCAUGGUCAUUCAUCUUUAAGGCAGGGUCUUUGGUUGACCUGAACUGGCGAACAGGUUAGCUAGGCUGACUGGCUGUGGAGAAUGAGGAACACAUUUGUCUCUGCCUUCUCAGCACCAGGAUUGCCACGUACCACUUCAACAGCUGAGUCCUCUCCCUAGCCCCACUUUAAGUUUUUAAAUAGUUCUUUGACUUUUUAUUGUUAUAAGAGGGAUCUUGUUUUAUAGCUCAUGCUGGUCUGUAUCUCACUUGUUAUGUAGCCCAGGCUGGCCUUACAUUCUAUAGUCUCCUGUCUCGGCCUCCUCAGGGUAGGCCUUAUGCUUUCUUAAUCUACUGUAUUUGAUAAUUAUACUUAAGUAAAUUGCCUUCAAAACUGUAAUGAUUGAACAGAGGUUAAAAGAGUUCCUGCUUCAUAUUUCUUGUGAUUUUUGUUCUUUUUUCAGUGAAAGUUACAGAUCAGGUUGUUUGGUUGGUUUUGUUGGUUUUGUUGACCAUUUGGUUGGUGGGUUGGUUUUAAUGACUGUUUGGUGAGGGUGAGUGGGUGGGUGGAUCUGGUUUGUUUCUAAAACAGAGUUUCUCUGUGUAGUCCUGGCUAUCCUAGAACUCCCUCUGUAGACUAGGCUAUCCUCAAACUUAGGGUGCCUCCAAAGUACUUGGAUUAAAUGUGCACCACAACUACCCAGCAAAUACCAGUUUUUUAAUGUUAGCUAUUUUAUUAUAUUUUAUAUAUUAUGUAUUAUUAUUUUAAUGUUAGCUAUUUUAUUAUGCUUGAGAGAUUUGGCUACAUUUUGUGUAAUUUCACUACCUUCAGCUUGCUGUGACAGCUGUUAGUCUAAUCACUUUAAUAUAUCCUAGGUAGUCUUAUCUUCUACUUGGACAGAAUGACAGCAGAUGAGGGAAGGACUAGUUACAUAGUAAGAUUUUGUUUCUUGUAGCCGAUAAGGCAGUAAAAGAAAAGCAGAAUCAGAGUUUAGAGCUACUGCUAAUUGCCAGUGCCUUGGUGUUUAUUCCUAAUCUACACUUGGCGUGUAGUUUUCAGAAGAACCUUGUGAGCUAGGUAGGUGCUGUGGUUACUGCAUGUUGUGAAUCCCAAUUCACUCUGGGUUUAUUUCUAGUCCUUACCCUGUUGAACUGUUAGCCACAGAAAUUAUGGCUUUUUCAGCAUCGCUAGUCAGCUUGUCAAAGCUCUGAAAAUGUGAAAAUGGGUCUCUUAACAUAAGUUACCUGACUUAUUGAUAGUUUUGUUUUGUUUUAAAUGUUGAUGAACUAAACAUAAGUUACAUUUAAAAAUUAUUUUUAAAGAAUAAGGGAAGAGAAGUCUGGACAGAUGCUCAGUGGUUAAGAACACUGGCUGUGGGUUAUGGUGGCUUACAACCAUCUGUUACUCCAGUUCUUAGGGCUCCAACACCGCCUUCUGACCUCCAUGGCCACCCAUCACACAGGUGGUACACGUACAGUCCAAGCAGGCAAAACACCCACACAUAAAAACAUAGGAAGGAUUUUUCUUUUCUGUCCCCCGUUAAGCAGAUUGUUGAUAAGGUUACCUUCACAGCAUACCUUAAACUUGGACUGUUUUGGCAAGAUUUGGAGGCAGAAGGAAUAUUGAGUAAAAAGUGUACUCACAGGGAGAUGCAACGCAUGUGUACUUACUCCAGAAAGGAACCCCCUGACAGACCAAAGUCAGAGCUGCACCAGAGACCAGCUAGGUGAGCCAGUGAGCUGUUUAUUGGCUCUGCCAGGAGUGUGGGUGAGGGGUUGCUAACAGGAGCAAGAAUAACUCCAGGGUGUUUUGUCACUACAAAGCCCAUCCUAACAAGGGUGACAAUUAAGAAAGCUGAAUUCUUGGAGCAGUGCGCACCAUCUACAGGCAUGUCCAUUGGCCCCAGACUUCCCUCUCACAGCUGUUCAGUCCCUUCUUCCCCAGCAGUUGUUGACCUCUGAAACAAUGGACAAGGACCUUAAGAACCUUGGAAGUUCCUGCUUUCUCAGAUAUAUGACAUUUUGUUUACCUUCUGAGACUCCCGGAUUCUCAAUUUGGAAGAGACUGCUAUAGGACAAGGAAGUGAUUGCUUUGUAAGGACAGCCAUACAGCUAGAUGAGCACUGAUAGAAGAGUCUGACUGCUUUAGUGUGGUGAAAGUGGAAGAGAUUCUGAAAAGAGGUGUUGAUAUAGAAGCAGCUCGAAAAGAAGAGGAACGCAUAAUGCUUAGAGACGCGAGGCAGUGGUUGAACAGUGGUCACAUCAGUGACGUCCGGCAUGCAAAGUCCGGAGGCACAGCACUCCACGUGGCAGCGGCCAAAGGGUAUACAGAAGUUUUAAAACUUUUAAUACAGGCAGGCUAUGAUGUUAAUAUUAAAGAUUAUGAUGGCUGGACACCUCUUCAUGCUGCAGCUCACUGGGGUAAAGAAGAAGCAUGUCGGAUUUUAGUGGACAAUCUGUGUGAUAUGGAGACGGUCAACAAAGUGGGCCAAACAGCCUUUGAUGUAGCAGAUGAAGACAUUUUGGGAUAUCUAGAGGAGUUGCAAAAAAAACAAAAUCUGCUCCAUAGUGAAAAGCGGGAUAAGAAAUCUCCACUGAUUGAAUCAACAGCAAAUAUGGAAAAUAAUCAACCACAGAAGACUUUUAAAAACAAGGAAACGUUGAUUAUUGAGCCAGAGAAAAAUGCAUCUCGAAUCGAGUCUCUGGAGCAAGAAAAGGCUGAUGAGGAGGAGGAAGGCAAGAAGGAUGAGUCCAGCUGCUCCAGUGAGGAGGAUGAGGAGGAUGACUCCGAGUCCGAAGCGGAGACAGAUAAGACAAAACCCAUGGCUUCUGUAACUAAUGCUCACACUGCCAGCACUCAGGCAGCUCCUGCCGCUGUGACAACACCUACUCUGUCUUCCAACCAGGGGACCCCUACAUCACCUGUUAAAAAGUUUGAUUUCAUUGCUUCUCUCAUGCCUGUGGAGUCAGUAGAUCCUGCAUCAUGGAGGCAGGGCUUGCGCAAAACUGGCAUUGUGCUGGUGCCCAGUAAGGGCGAAAAAUCCAUGUUUCCUACAUCAACUACAAAAAUUUCUCCCAAAGAAGAAGAAAGAAAAGAUGAAUCUCCUGCAUCCUGGAGGUUAGGACUUAGAAAGACUGGCAGUUAUGGUGCCCUGGCUGAGAUCACUGCAUCUAAAGAAGCUCAGAAGGAGAAAGACACUGCAGGCGUGAUACGUUCAGCUUCGAGUCCCAGACUCUCGUCCUCUUUGGAUAAUAAAGAAAAGGAGAAAGACAAUAAAGGAACAAGACUUGCAUAUGUCGCCCCUACAAUCCCAAGGCGACUAGGCAGUACGUCUGACAUUGAAGAGAAGGAAAACAGAGAGUCUUCAAAUUUGCGAACAAGUAGUUCUUACACAAGAAGAAAAUGGGAAGAUGAUCUUAAAAAAAAUAGUUCAAUCAAUGAAGGAUCUACUUACCAUAGAAGUUGCUCCUUUGGUAGAAGACAAGAUGAUUUGAUUAGUUGUAGUGUUCCAAGCACCACAUCAACACCAACAGUUACCUCUGCAGCUGGGCUUCAGAAAAGCUUCCUUUCCAGCACAAGCACUACUGCAAAGACUCCCCCGGGUUCCUCCCCAGCAGGCACACAGAGCAGUACCUCAAAUCGUUUGUGGGCUGAGGAUAGUACUGAGAAAGAGAAGGACAGUGCUCCUACCGCAGCGACCAUUCCUGUUGCUCCAACUGUUGUAAGUGCUGCAGCUUCUUCUACCACAGCCCUGACCACAACUACUGCUGGCACUCUUUCCUCCACAUCAGAGGUCAGGGAGAGACGCAGGUCAUACCUCACUCCUGUUAGGGAUGAAGAGUCUGAAUCCCAAAGGAAAGCAAGAUCUAGACAAGCAAGACAGUCUAGACGGUCAACACAGGGGGUGACACUGACUGACCUCCAGGAAGCCGAAAAGACAAUAGGAAGAAGCCGUUCUACGAGAACCAGAGAACAAGAAAACGAAGAAAAAGACAAAGAAGAAAAGGAAAAGCAGGAUAAAGAGAAACAAGAAGAAAAGAAGGAGUCAGAAGUAUCUAGAGAAGAUGAAUAUAAGCAAAAGUAUUCCAGAACAUACGAUGAGACUUAUGCACGUUACAGACCAGUGUCAACUUCAAGUUCAAGCACUCCGUCGUCCUCCUCACUUUCUACUCUAGGCAGUUCACUCUAUGCCUCAAGUCAGCUCAACAGGCCAAACAGCCUUGUAGGUAUAACCUCUGCCUACUCCCGGGGAUUAACCAAAGACAAUGAAAGAGAGGGAGAGAAAAAAGAAGAGGAAAAAGAAGGGGAAGAUAAGUCACAACCUAAAUCAAUCAGAGAACGACGGCGACCAAGAGAAAAACGGAGGUCUACUGGAGUCUCCUUCUGGACACAAGAUAGUGAUGAAAAUGAGCAAGAGCGGCAGUCAGACACCGAGGAUGGCUCCAGCAAGAGGGACACUCAGACGGAUUCUGUUUCCAGGUAUGACAGCAGUUCCACGUCAUCAAGCGAUCGGUAUGACUCCUUGCUGGGUCGUUCUGCCUCAUACAGUUACUUAGAAGAAAGGAAACCAUAUGGUAGCCGACUAGAAAAGGAUGACUCAACUGACUUCAAAAAGCUUUAUGAACAAAUCUUAGCUGAAAAUGAAAAACUAAAGGCACAGCUACAUGACACAAAUAUGGAACUAACGGAUCUAAAGUUGCAGUUGGAAAAAGCUACCCAGAGACAAGAACGAUUUGCUGACAGGUCACUAUUGGAGAUGGAAAAAAGGGAACGAAGAGCUCUAGAAAGAAGAAUAUCUGAGAUGGAAGAGGAGCUCAAAAUGUUACCAGACUUAAAAGCAGACAACCAGAGGCUAAAGGAUGAAAAUGGGGCCUUGAUCAGAGUUAUAAGCAAACUUUCCAAGUAGGACAGAAAACACACAAGCGAAGCAGCGGGACUUGCACACACUCCCCAGUGGACCACAUUGGCAGUCACUGGACGCCAGAAAGAACCCCUGGAGACUGUCAUUUUCCGAUAUCCUGCCAAACGCCCUCUUAUCUAGGAGUUUUGUUUCGUUUAAUCUUCUGCCCCACCCCCUUGGUUAUCAAGACCAUUGUUUCAUGUUAAAGCCGCUGCUGAGAAGAUUUUUUUUUCAAUGACUGAGAAAACUUGUUUACAGCUCCAGCAAAUAAAGAAAGUGUUCAAGGCCAGAUACGCCUCAGAUAUUUAACCAGUAAGCCUUAGUUGUACAUAAAUACUUUUGUGUCAACAAAAACUUCCAGCUCUCACAGAAGACAGUUAGUCAACAGGUUUGUUUGUUGUCGUUAUUGCUGGUAUUUUCUUUUUCUCUUUUUGAUGUGCCACAGUUUCUAGUUUCUCCAUAUUUAAGUUGUUUGCUUUACAUCUGCAUUUGGGUUUGCAUUUUUUCCUUCCUCGUGUCAGCUCUCUAUGUUCACAGCCUUCCCAUUUACAGAAAACUUUGCUCUCCGAGCAUCUUGUCACGUGUUAGGCCGAUGUGUGUCUGCCACCUGGAACUGAAGUGCUCGGUGGAACACUUGCUGUCACUGUUUGUGCAAUACGCAUCCAUUUCCUACAUGACUGCUUUGACGUCCAUUGAGAUCUGAUCUUGGGAGUCCUAUCUUCUGCCCUCAUCCGUCACUUUUUGUUUUUUAUUGUAGUAUAAGAUGCUAGAUUCUGUAAUCUUCACAUUCAUUUUAGCAGGUACUGAGUGACGCUGUAUAUAUAAAUAAGUGUAUUGUUUUGAUUUUUUAGACCACCACAUGGCAUGCUUGACCAUUUUUUUAAUUCAGAUGUCUGCUAGUGCACAGUAGGCGACUCCACAUGGUGUGUAAAACAGCUUGUCACAGUGGGGCAGAGGACCUCAGCAGUUCACGGUUGAUGGAGUCCUAUCUUUACAAGUUUUUCUACUGUAAAGUGCUUUGACUUUUGUUUUCAUUUGGUAGUAUUCAAACCUAAUUAUAAAGUUGCAUAAGAUAACUGCUUCACAUUUCACAUGCCUAUAUUUAUCUGAGUGCUGUCUAAAACUGUUGUGCUAGCCAAAAUAGUGGUGUGGAAGCCUUUGCAGACUUCAUCUGUGAGUGAUGUUAAGUGCACUGUUAAUGCCAUGUGAAGAGGCAUCAGCUUUGAUACCACCUUCAUGUUCAGACCAUUUUUAUACAUUUUAGUGGCCUUUUUUUAAGGAAAAAACUAAGCAAAAGGAAGUCCAUAAUUAAAGUGGCAUUUAUUUGAACAAAUAACUUUUCUAUUUUCAUCAAACCAUGCAAAAAAAUAUUACAUCUUCCUGGCACAUAACUGUCUCCUUAACCACUGAACAGUUCAGCCAUUUGAAUAAAUUGUACAUUGUAAAGCUUAGCAGCUGACUGUAUUAUUAAGUGUAUUGUAUACUAUAUUAAAUGUGAAUUUGUACCCCUUCAUUUUAAAAGGUCAUUGUGUUCUACUGCCUAUUUUAGAUUACUUUGGGGUUGGGAGAGGGUGUUUUGGUAAGUAGAAUUUAAGUCCUCUCUCUCUUGAUUGGUUUUAUGAAGAUCUAAGGUUAUACUCUUACUACCAAGCUCAGGAUUCUUGACUUUAAAGGUACAAGGAUAGGUGUGAGGAUUUUAUUUUUGGUUAUAUUUGAACUGUAUGAAUGGUGGGUCUGAAUACAGAGUAUUUCAUGGUCUAAUGAGAAGGUAAAAUGCGCAGAUAAUUGAUGAGUUUGAGUGACUGCCACAUGUUCUGCGUGCACAACAGUUAGGCAUGCUGUGGUUUCUAUUUGUGAGGUCUGGAUGCCUGUGAAGAGUGAUUAAAUACAUGUUUCUAAUAUUUUAGUGUUUUGUAUUUAGGUUAUUUAUUCUUUGUAUCUACAAUUGAACAGCUACUGUGCUAUAUUGACUUUAUUGGUAGUACUGAGCAGACCUUGUUUCUGCAUGAAACUAGUUGCAAAACCCACUAUUUUGGAAAUAAAAAAAUGUAUUUUGACAUAUACAAAUAAAAUGAAUAAAACUAUUUUAAAUGUGUGAACUUUUAAUGAAAACAGCUUAGAUUUUGUUCUGAGAUAUUUAAAUUCUGCAUGGGUAUUUUUUCACUAAAUGCUUUACUUGGAUACCAGUUUGAAUAAUUUUUGAAAUUGUAAUAUUGUGAUAAUUUGCACAGCAAUGUACAUGCUUAUCUGUAAAUGCGAACCUAACUGCCAUAUUUAUGCAAUACGUGUACCAAUUUGGACAAAUGUUUAUGUAUUUUACAUAAAGCUAUCUGUGUGCAGA